AAUGUAUAGUUGCAGAAAAUAGAUGAUAUUAUCAGCAUUGAGUCCUGUGGAAAAAAAUUAUGACACCUUUGCUUCUAGGCAUCAAAGUACCAUAAGUCUCAUUGUACCAGAGGUCGGCGAAGCAAUAAUUUCAAAUUUAAUGAAAACAUGCAUAAAGCUUCCAAGUAGUGCUGAAGAAUGGAAAAGAGUAGCAGAUGAGUUCUACAUCAUGUGGGAUUUCCCUUUCUGCUUAGGAGCUUUAGAUGGCAAACAUGUUGAUUUUGAAGCGCCUAAAAAUGUACGCUCGUUUUAUUAUAAUUAUAAAGGACGAAACAGCAUAGUUCUCCUAGGACUUGUAGAUGUCAACUAUAAAUUUGUAUAUGUUGAUGUAGGUGUAAAUGGCAGGGUUAGUGAUGCGGGUGUUUUUAGAGAAAGCAGUCUCAGAACGGGAACUGACAGAAUUUUCUACUAUCCUACAACAGAUUUAGAAUUCUCAGAAGAACAAUAA